GUCGAGCGGGCAAGCAUGUGGGUGUUUGGUUAUGGCUCGCUGAUAUGGAAGGCGGACUUUCCGUACGAGAGGAAGCUGGUCGGGCGCAUCAAGGGAUACGUCAGGCGCUUCUAUCAGAAGAGCACGGACCAUCGUGGCGUGCCGAACAGGCCUGGACGCGUGGUGACGCUGCUCGCCUCCAGCAACCCCGACGACGAGGUGUGGGGAGUCGCGUACAAGAUAUCCUCCGAGAACAUAGAAAACGUGGUGAACCACUUGGACUUUCGGGAGAAGGGCGGCUACAUCAAGAGAACCGUCCUCUUCUACCCCUGUGACUUCGCCAAGUUCGGCGCCAACGUCAACGUCUCAACCAACGACCUGUCGAGGACGAGCUUCUCCGCCGCCUCGGACGAGGCCCCGUUCUACCUCACUAUCUACAUAGGCGAAGAGGACAACCCGAAUUUCGCCGGUAUGGAGAACCUGGACACCCUCGCGAGGCACAUACUCGUCUCGCGCGGCCUCAGCGGCCCGAAUGUGGAAUAUCUCUACAAGCUGGCGUCCGCGAUGCGCACGAUUGCGCCCGGCGUGCAGGACGAGCAUCUGUUCGCCCUGGAGACAGCCGUGAAGGAGUUGGAGCGGGAGAACGAGGAGUCGCUGGAGCUGGAUCAGUUUUUGUGAAACCCGACGGUUGUAUUGGAACGGAAAGACGUGGCCAAUUGUGUCGUCGGCCAACACGACCGACUGGAUAUUUAGUUAAUUUGAUCCUGUCUUUCCCUACAUUUUAGACAAAUUUUUCGUUAGGAUUGUAGCAAGUUGUGUAGCAAACUGCUGCAUAAUUAUUUUAUUCUAGCGACGAACUUAACGAUCCUCAUUUAGGGACUUUUCACUAAAGCAGGGAGAAACCUGAGAGAAAGUGAACGCCGGCGGUUUUACGUGAUACCGUUUCAGGAGACUGUUUCACGCGCCCUUGCGCUCAUUUUUAUUUUUGCAGCUAUCAUUGCACGUUUUCCAACUCUGCUGAUGCAAUUUUCACUUGGUGCGUGUCUGUGCUAUGCAUUGUGAUAUCUAAUUCAUAAAAUUUACGUUGUCUAUAUGAAACAAAGCUGAUGUAAACACUAUGUGGAUAAUUUGUGGUCAUGUAAUUUUGAAAUUUACAGCGCAGUCCUAAAAAGUAGGUAUAACACGAACACGCACGAAGUGGAGACCUGGAGGCAGUGUCAAAAGAGCAUAGCAAAACAGAUCCAAACGUAAAAGUGGGCGUAAGGGCGUGCAAACAGUUUCUCGAAACGGUAUCGAGUAAAACGGCCGGCGUUCACUUUCAGGUUUCUCUCUGGUUGUAGCGAAGCGCGACUACCGGUGCGAUUGGCCGAGCAAUAAAAAGGCGAGAUCCUUUUUGCACUGUCCAGUGGAAUAGUAGAAAAAGUAAUAGUUCCGUAAAAGUCUAGGCACGAAUAUUUCUAAACCAAUGAUAAGAAUAUUUAUCGAAUAAAUCAUAUUUUCUCAUAAA